UUCUUGAAUAAUAAUGUUUCUCUCUUUUGUCUCUUUCUCACUAUUUCUAAACCUUUGCUGACUUUUCUGUCACACUCUCUCUUCUCUUUCUUUCUCCUCUUUCUCUCUGAUCGAGUAUCUAUGCUAUGGUGAACAUGAUGGAAUGGCAGAAACAAGUUCAGAACGGGAAUGUCGAUGCCAUGUAUGUCAAAGUCAUGACUGAUGAACAACUGGAAACUCUCCGGAAACAAAUUGCUGUUUAUGCUACCAUUUGUGAACAGCUUGUUGAGAUGCAUAAAACUCUCUCUGCUCAACAAGAUCUUGCAGGGGUUAGGCUGGGAAAUAUAUACUGUGAUCCGUUGAUGGCAUCUGGUCACAAGAUCACAUCGAGACAGAGGUGGACACCUACACAGGAUCAGCUCCAGAUUCUCGAACGUAUAUUCGAUCAGGGAAAUGGAACUCCGAGCAAAGAAAAGAUCAAGGAAAUUGCUACUGAACUAAGCCAGCAUGGUCAAAUAUCUGAAACAAAUGUGUAUAAUUGGUUCCAAAAUAGGCGUGCUAGAUCGAAAAGAAAGAUGCAAAACGGGGGAACUAGUAACACGGAAUCAGAGGUAGAGACGGAGGUUGAUUCCAAAGAUAAGAAGACAAAACCAGAGGAAUUUCAGUCUCAUCAAAAUGUUGCUGCAGGAGAUGAAAAUUUGUGCUUCCAGAACCCUGAAAAAGGCUCUGAAUUGCAGUACUUGAAUUCCGAUUCUAACAAAACAUAUUCAAUGUUUCAAUCGGAUGGUAACAUAAGAUCUUCAAGAAAUUUGAACGGUGCCGGUGCAUCUCUUUAUGAUGAAGUGCUAUCAAACUCAAGGAAUGAUUAUCUAGCUGGAAAAAUGGAAGUGUCUGGGAGCUACAAUUUAUAUCAGCAAUCAGAAGACUAUAAUUUGGCAGGUUGAUAUUUGGAUCAAUUGUGACUAGUUGUGAAUAACUUGGAGUGUUUUGCUUGGGUUUAUGUUGGUGUGAAAUCAAGUUGAGUCAAUCAAAACUAUUAAUAUAGCCACCUCUUAGGAUAGUUACUGGAAAUAUUUCCAGAGAAUGGCAUAUAAAUGUUAUUAACUUCAUAUUUUGGAGCUUGUUUCUUGAUUUGCUCACUUUCACUAUUUUCUUUCUGCAAUAUAUUUUCCAGUUUUAGAA